GCAGCCGGCUUUUAUACUCUUUAAUGCGAUUAUCUGCAGUGGACAGGGAGCUAGCUGACUGUAUUAAAUGUGCUCAGAAUGGUUCCAGGUCUUUAUAUGAAAAACACGAACUAAAGGUAACAAUGCAGUUCCUGGGCAAGCUGUUGGACACAGUCUCCUCUGUGUCAACCCUCUUCACCAACCCUUACCGGGUCAGAGAUGUGCCGCUGUCUGACUAUGGAGGAGGAGGCAAAGUUCUGCUGAAAGAAGAGGGACGCAUGGUCCUGUACAAAAAUACCCAGUGCCAGUCAUGGGACUGUCUGCUUAUGUCCCCCGAGACGCCGACUGUGGUUCUGAGGCUGUUUCAGGUGGUGUCAGAGGAAGAUGCCAUGAACUGGUUCCCUCAGUAUGCGCUCAAACUCCGACCCUUCUAUGAGACACUUUCUCUGAAGGCAGAGACUGCACAGCCAAUCGUGGACUGCAUCCGCAACCACCCAGACUGGAGCUCCGCCCACAUUGCUGUAGAAACAGGCCUCAGAGAGUGUCUCAAACAUAACUAUGUCCAGAGUCAGAUCAAUUCUCGGGAUGCAUCAGGCCAGACGCCGCUGCAUCUGGCAUGUGAGCGAGGUGACUUGCCGUGUGUGAAGGAGCUGUUGGAGGAAAGUCAGGCUCGCACCGACAUUAAAGACCGCAACGGAGAGACGCCCAUGCACAGCGCCUCCAAGCAGGAUUCUCCUGUCAUCAUCCAGGUGAGAGUGAAGUCUUCAGUAGGAUCGAUCUGUCGCUGCUUCAUAAAAUCAGGGGAUCAGUCUCCACCCAUCUGA